AUGGCGGAGAGCUCUCAUGGCCAAGAAGGGGGCUCAAGUGCUCGCGCGGGACUACCUCUUGCGGAGUAUCCCUUUACCCCUUUUGAAUUCGUCAAAAUUGAGACUGAGUGCAAAAUUAAAGUUUACCCCAACCCCUUUCACCGCCAGCAGGCUUUACUGCCGAACCUUCCCCUGCCAGCAGGCUUUACUCCCGAACCUUCCCCUGCCAGCAGGCUUUACUCCCGAACCUUCCCCCGCCAGCAGGCUUUACUCCCGAACCUUCCCCUGCCAGCAGGCUUUACUCCCAAACCUUCCCCCGCCAGCAGGCUUUACUCCCGAACCUUCCCCUACCAGCAGGCUUUACUCCCUAACCACCCCCUGGCAACAGGCUUUACUCACAAACCUUCCCCUGGCAGCAGGCUUUACUCACAAACCUUCCCCCGCCAGCAGGCUUUACUCCCGAACCUUCCCCCGUCAGCAGGCUUUACUCCCAAACCACCCCCUGGCAGCAGGCUUUACUCCCGAACCUUUCACCUCCAGCAAGCUUUACACCCGAACCUUUCACCGCCAGCAGGCUUUACUGCCGAACCUUCCCCUGCCAGCAGGCUUUACUCCCGAACCUUCCCCUGCCAGCAGGCUUUACUCCCAAACCUUCCCCUACCAGCAGGCUUUACUCCCGAACCUUCCCCUGCCAGCAGGCUUUACUCCCGAACCUUCCCCCGCCAGCAGGCUUUACUCCCGAACCUUCCCCUGCCAGCAGGCUUUACUCCCAAACCUUCCCCCGCCAGCAGGCUUUACUCCCGAACCUUCCCCUACCAGCAGGCUUUACUCCCUAACCACCCCCUGGCAACAGGCUUUACUCACAAACCUUCCCCUGGCAGCAGGCUUUACUCACAAACCUUCCCCCGCCAGCAGGCUUUACUCCCGAACCUUCCCCCGUCAGCAGGCUUUACUCCCAAACCACCCCCUGGCAGCAGGCUUUACUCCCGAACCUUUCACCUCCAGCAAGCUUUACACCCGAACCUUUCACCGCCAGCAGGCUUUACUCCCGAACCUUCCCCUACCAGCAGGCUUUACUCCCGAACCUUCCCCCGCCAGCAGGCUUUACUCCCGAACCUUCCCCCGCCAGCAGGCUUUACUCCCGAACCUUCCCCUGCCAGCAGGCUUUACUCCCAAACCUUCCCCCGCCAGCAGGCUUUACUCCCGAAACCUUCCCCCGCCAGCAGGCUUUACUCCCGAACCUUCCCCCGCCAGCAGGCUUUACUCCCGAACCUUCCCCCUUGCCAGCAGGCUUUACUCCCAAACCUUCCCCCGCCAGCAGGCUUUACUCCCAAACCACCCCCUGGCAGCAGGCUUUACUCACCAAACCUUCCCCUACCAGCAGGCUUUACUCCCAAACCUUCCCCCGCCAGCAGGCUUUACUCCCAAACCACCCCCUGGCAGCAGGCUUUACUCACAAACCUUCCCCUGGCAGCAGGCUUUACUCACAAACCUUCCCCCGCCAGCAGGCUUUACUCCCGAACCUUCCCCUACCAGCAGGCUUUACUCCCAAACCACCCCCUGGCAGCAGGCUUUACUCACAAACCUUCCCCUGGCACAGCUUUACUCCACCAAACCUUCCCCGCCAGCAGGCUAACCUCUCCCGAACCUUCCCCUAACCAGCAGGCUUUACACUACCUCCUCCCAGAACCACACCCCCUGGCGCAGGCUUUAAACUCCACAAACCUAUCCCCUGGCAGCAGUCUUUUAACUCACAAACAUUCCGCCCGCCAUCAGGCUUUACUCCCGCCCCUUCCCCCGUCGCAGUCUUUAAACACUUCUCCCAAACCACCCCCCUGGCAGCAGGCUUUACUUACCCGAACCUUUCACCUCCAGCAAUCUCACACACCCGACUUUUACCGCCAGCAGCUUUACUACUCCCGAACCUUCCCCCGUCAGCAGGCUUUACUCCCAAACCAAGCCCCCUGGGCAGCAGGCUUUAACCACUACUCCCAGAACCUUUCAUUCACCUCCAGCGCUUUACUACUUUACCUCCUGAACCUUUCCCCUGGCCCAGCAAGCUUUACUCCUGAACCUUCCCCUGCCAGCAGGCUUUACUCCCUGACCUCCCCUGCCAGCAGGCUUUACUCCCGAACCUUCCCCUGCCAGCAGGCUUUACUCCCGAACCUUCCCCCGUCAGCAGGCUUUACUCCCAAACCACCCCCUGGCAGCAGGCUUUACUCCCGAACCUUUCACCUCCAGCAAGCUUUACUCCUGAACCUUCCCCUGCCAGCAGGCUUUACUCCCGGACCUUCCCCUGCCAGCAGGCUUUACUCCCAAACCUUCCCCUACCAGCAGGCUUUACUCCCGAACCUUCCCCUGCCAGCAGGCUUUACUCACAAACCUUCCCCCGCCAGCAGGCUUUACUCCCAAACCUUCCUCCGCCAGCAGGCUUUUCUCCAAAACCUUCCCCUAUCAGCAGGCUUUACUCCCAAACCUUCCCCCGCCAGCAGGCUUUACUCCCAAACCUUCCCCUACCAGCAGGCUUUACUCCAAAACCUUCCCCCGCCAGCAGGCUUUACUCACAAACCUUCCCCCGCCAUCAGGCUUUACUCCCAAACCUUCCCCUGGCAGCAAGUUUUACACCCGAACCUUUCACCGCCAGCAGGCUUUACUCCCAAACCUUCCCCUGGCAGCAGGCUUUACUCCCAAACCUUCCCCUGGCAGCAGGCUUUACUCCCAAACCUUCCCCUGCCAGCAGGCUUUACUCCCGAACCUUCCCCCGCCAGCAGGCUUUACUCCCGAACCUUCCCCCGCCAGCAGGCUUUACUCCCGAACCUUCCCCCUGCCAGCAGGCUUUACUCCCAAACCUUCCCCUACCAGCAGGCUUUACUCCCGAACCUCCACUUGCCAGCAGACUUUACUCCCAAACCUUCCCCCGCCAGCAGACUUUACUCCCAAACCUUCCCCUGGCAGCAGGCUUUACUCCCAAACCUUCCCCUAGCAGCAGGCUUUACUCCCAAACCUCCACUUGCCAGCAGACUUUACUCCCAAACCUUCCCCCGCCAGCAGACUUUACUCCCAAACCUUCCCCUGGCAGCAGGCUUUACUCCCAAACCACCCCCUGCCAGCAGGCUUUACUCACAAACCUUCCCCCGCCAACAGGCUUUACUCCCAAACCUUCCCCCGCCAGCAGGCUUUACUCCCAAACCUUCCCCUGGCAGCAGGCUUUACUCCCAAACCUUCCCCUGGCAGCAGGCUUUACUCCCAAACCUUCCCCUGCCAGCAGGCUUUACUCCCAAACCUCCACUUGCCAGCAGUCUUGCUCUCUAA